AGCAGAAGUGCUUCAGGCUUUCAGUUGCUGCUGAGCUGACAGCACCUGCGUUCUUCAGCUUGCUUUCCCCUUCCCACUUUCUGCACCCAACCUGUUCUUUUUGAUUCGAGAGUCCUGACCCCGCCUUCUGGAACAGCUCUGCCAUCAGACUACACGGUUCCCCAUGUGGAUCCUCUGUCUACCAGACUUAGCCCCAUCCCGAGAAGGCCACUUCCUUCUGACUUCAGAAAGCUUCCCACCCAUUUCCCUUCAUUCCUGUGACGUCCACCCCACCCCCACCCUCCUCUUCACCUCCCAGGUCUGCUCUCAGCACGUCCCUCAUUCCCCUUAUUUUCUACUCCCUUUUGGUAUGGGGUACAGUCAGCUGCUCCUUCUUUGGUCUCUGUCCCCCUCUUCCUCAGCCACCCCCAAGUGUCCUCCUUUCCUCCAUCCCUCUGGCUGCCCUGGGUGAGAAAAGCAGACUCAAUUUACCACUUAAAGUUUCAAUACUCCCUGUCAUGCUCCUGUACCUUCGAAUAUUUGGAAGAGAAAACGGGUGAGCAGAAGUCUUUCUCCCUGGCCUAUCUGAAGGGCAGUAGAAAUUUGAAUGGAAAAUAAGCUAGGGCAGGUGGUGGUCAGGAAGGGGGUACUAGGGGGCUGGGAGUCCAAGGAUGGACUUCCUCUGGGCACUGAGGGAGCCAGAAUGGAGAAGGUCAGGUGGGCUGCAGAGUCCUGGGGAAGGACCAGUGUCUGUGUUUGCAGGAUACUUGGGCAUUGGACAGUGGGGUUCCAGCUGCCGUCACUUGAUGCCCGGCUUCUGCCCCUCACCGCUCCACCCCCUACCUAGAUCAAUAUGUGGCCCAGACCUAGAGAGGGCCCUGGGCUCGCCACUGUCCCGGCUCUGCCCUCCCUGUCCCGCCUCCCCCCGCCCCACUGGCCGGUCCCCACGCCCACACCCGGGGCUGCCUCAUCUGGCACUGAUUAUCCUCCUGCCGCUGCCGCUGCUGCCGCGAAGCUCGGCCGCUGCCUCUGUCCCGAGGACCCCAGCACCUCUCCCCUCCGGCCAUGCUGCGUGCCACGGCCUCCCUCCUGGGGCCCCUCCUCACUGCCUGGGCGCUGCUGCCCCUCGCCCAGGGCCAGGCCACCAACUACACCAGACCUGUGUUCCUGUGCGGAGGGGCCGUGACUGGGGAGUCAGGUUACGUGGCAAGUGAGGGUUUCCCCAGCCUCUACCCCCCCAACAAGGAGUGUAUCUGGAUCAUAACGGUCCCUGAGGGUCAGGUUGUGUUCCUCUCCUUCCGAGUCUUCGACCUGGAGCUGCACCCAGCCUGCCUCUACGAUGCUCUGGAGAUCUUUGCCGGGGCUGGGACUUCGGGCAAACGGCUCGGACGCUUCUGCGGGACCUUCCGGCCGGCGCCCGUAGUCGCCUCGGGCAACCAGGUGACCCUGCGAAUGACGGCGGACGAGGGCACCGGGGGACGCGGCUUCCUGCUCUGGUACAGCGGGCGGGCCACCUCCGGCACUGGCCCCCCCCCAGGCGCGAGGCGGAAAUGGGUCACCGACCCGCGGGUGGAAUGGGCGGCCUGGGGUUACUGGGACGAGCACCAGUUUUGUGGGGGGCGACUGGAGAAGGCCCAGGGAACCCUGACCACGCCCAACUGGCCCGAGUCCGAUUACCCCCCGGGCAUCAGCUGUUCCUGGCACAUCAUCGCGCCCUUGGGCCAGAUGAUCUUGCUGACCUUCGUGAAGUUUGACUUGGAGCCCGACACCUACUGCCGCUACGAUUCGGUCAGCGUGUUCAACGGAGCCGUGAGCGACGACGCCAAGAGGCUGGGGAAGUUCUGCGGGGACAAGGUUCCCGGCCCCAUCUCCUCCGAGGGGAAUGAGCUCCUCGUCCAGUUCGUCUCGGACCUCAGUGUCACGGCCGAUGGCUUCUCGGCCAACUACCGGAUCCUGCCAAGGGGCACUGCCGAAGAAGGGCCGGGUCCCAAGCCGGAAGCCGGGCCCAAAGUUAAGCCCCCCACCACGCCCCAGCUCUCACCUGCAGAGAAGCCAAAGGUCGCACCUGAGGCCAAGGGGACUGGGAUGGACCCCGAUGCACCCAGCGUCCCCUGCCCAAAACAGUGCCGGCGGACAGGCACCUUACAGAGUAACUUCUGUGCCAGCAGCUUGGUGGUGACCGCAACAGUGAAAUCCAUGGUUCGAGGCCCAGGUGAGGGCCUCACUGUCACCGUCAGUCUCAUUGGUGCUUACAAAACCGGAGGCCUGGACCUGCCGUCUCCACCCACUGAUGCUCCCUUGAAGCUUUACGUGCCCUGCAAGCAGUGCCCCCCUUUGAAGAAAGGAGCCAGUUAUCUGCUGAUGGGCCAGGUGGAAGAGGACAGAGGCCCCGUCCUUCCCCCAGAGAGCUUCGUGAUCCUCUACCGGUCCAACCAGGACCAGAUCCUCACCAACCUGAGCAAGAAGUGCACCUCCUAGACCCGGCCGCCUGCCAGGUCCCAGGCCUGAGACCCAGGCCGGCCUUAGGCCCCCACCCCACAAGCCCCCUUUUGCAUCCAAAUAAAUGGUUCUUGACUGAGGAA